AUGCAUUACAACGCUCAAGGAAUUUUCGAAGACUCGUACUUGCGACAGCGACAGCAAGAACAUCAACAGGAACAACAACGACGGCAACAGCAAACGGGUCAAAAUAACGUUUACGGUAUACGAGAAAAGAUUCGUGGUCAAAGUUGUUCACCGAGAUCGGAUGAAGUGCGAUCACCCGGUUCCGAAGUGAGAGAAGAGACAGUUGGAUCUGUGGAAAAUAUAGGUUUCAUAGAAAACGGCUCUUCCUCGGAGCUCGAAGACGAAUCGCGAAUGUCGAGGUAUCGCGAAGGGCAUGACGCGAAAAGACCUUCCUUCUCGAAGCAGGAAAACGAAUCGACAAAUUUUUUUCGAGAUCCCGAAGAUGUUAGUAUAAGGUGUUUCACGGAGGAAAUGGUAUCCGCGGUGGCCAGUCACUACAGAGAAUCGAACAAUUCGCCUGGCAGAAUCUCUCCACAAGAAUAUGCUGUUCAUUCGACCGACAGACGUCACGGAUCCUUCGGCAAAACAUCUUUCUGCAUCGAUGCGCUGCUCGGUCGAGCAACUGGAAAACAGGAAAGCCCUGAUCACGAACGAUCGGAACGGAAUCAAAGAUUGUUAUUCGGAACGCGAAAUUCCGUCAUCGAUGUGAGCCCCUGUUUGACAAACUCCUUGGUUCGUGGUCAUGACCGAGACUCUUCUUGCACUCCUAUCGGUAGUGUAAGAGGUGAAACUGAAAUUGCAAGUGGAGUUGUAGUUGGAGUUGGGGUUGGGAAUGGAACUGCGUAUAUCGGAACUGGCAGAACGGAGGAACAAAGAACCUCGUCUCUUGGAAGUCUUUUGAACCCGUUCGAUAGACCUGUUGUUCAACAUGGUCUGACCUCGGCAUCGAAUUUAGAAGUUAUUCGCGAAGGAAGUGAGAGACAAGAUAUUCGUGACCGGUCCGUACGGGAUACUACUCAUUUGUCCGGUAUUCGUGUAGAAUCCGUGGAAGAAACGGCUGCUUCGAUGCAACGUGAUAAAACAGCGUUCAAGGGAGAACACGUUGGGAUCGGUAACGGAGGAUUUCGAGUCGAUCGGUUAGAAAAUAUAGAGGACGAUGGUUCUGGGAUCGAGGUUGAACCUACGAGAACGGGAAGCGCCAGUUCGGGAAGUAACGCGAGUCACAGUCCUGUCUCGAGUCCUCCAAUUUCACCAGGCUCGGAAGAACCUAAUAGCAACGUUAUUCCUGGUAAUCCGAAUUUGCCGAGUGGCCACUAUAGUGCACUUGGCAGUAGUGCCGGAGUAGCUCGACAAAAUCAAGCACUUCUCUUGCAUCCGAGUGGUCCCCUCAUACAUCCCGGAGGAUUAUAUUAUCAUCCUGCGGGUGGUAGCGCAUUUCAUUCGAUACACAAGGAAAGUCAACCCGUCGGACAUUCGCAGAGUGCCGGUGCUGCUCAUCCUCAGCAGCAUCACAUUCAUCCACUCCAACUCGAGUGGUUGGCUAGAACUGGAAUGUUGUAUCCCAGGUUACCCGCCGAUUUGGCCGGUUGCGCGGCCCAGCAUGCCUUGCUUGGGAAGACAAGAAGGCCGAGAACCGCUUUCACGUCGCAACAGCUGCUCGAACUGGAAAAACAAUUUAGGCAGAACAAAUACCUCAGCAGACCAAAGAGAUUCGAAGUUGCUACCUCGUUAAUGCUCACGGAAACACAGGUGAAAAUCUGGUUUCAAAAUCGACGAAUGAAAUGGAAAAGAAGUAAAAAGGCGCAACAAGAGGCGCGGACAAAUAAUAAGGUCGAAGAUGGAGGGAAUACGAGGAAUAACGAGAGAGAAACCGGCGGUGAUCAUCCGAAUUCAAAUUCACCGAGUCCACAAGAGGAUACCAAGGGAACGUUACAAGAAACACCGAGAAACACGACCGAACUUCAGGAACCACUUUAUCGACCUUACGUGGUAUAA